UUUCACCGUCCCUCAUUCCCUCUUAAUCCACAACCAUAGGGUUCUUGCGCGUUCUUGCCCCGUGGCUGGGGCGACAAUCUCCCAAAACACACUGCUCAAAUCUCAUCAAAAUGACAGUCCCCGAGGUACAAUCCGUGUCGCAAAGCAACGGCGAAGCGCAAAGUGCGCCCGCCAAUGCCAACACAACACCGAAGCCGAAGUUGUUAGGGAGGGAAUUCUACAAGAGUAUAGGGAGUCCCAAGUAUAUUGUGGCACCCAUGGUGGAUCGAUCUGAAUUUGCCUGGCGCAUGCUUACUCGGUCGUUCAUGCCACCCGAUGAUCCCAAGCCUAUGCUUGCAUACUCGCCGAUGUACCACGCGCGCUUGUUCCGGGAACAGUCACAAAUGCGUUUGCAACAUUUCCAUCCCACUCGCGCUGCUAUCAAAGGCGAUGAUACCCCAUACUUAGACGGAAACCCCUCCAUAGACCGGCCGCUGUUUGUACAGUUCUGCUCGAAUAACCCGGAUGACUUCUUGGAAGCUGCGCGCCACGUAGCGCCAUACUGUGACGCUGUGGACCUGAACCUUGGGUGUCCCCAAGGGAUCGCAAGAAGGGGCCAUUACGGUGCCUUCCUUCAGGAGGAUUGGGAUUUAAUCUAUAAACUGAUCAAUAAGCUACACACCGAAUUGGAUGUUCCCGUCACCGCGAAGUUCCGUAUACAGGAGACAAAAGAGAAGACACUAGAAUACGCAAAAAUGAUACUAUCCGCCGGAGCGAGCAUAAUUACUCUUCAUGGACGCAGGAGAGAGCAGAAGGGUCAUAACACGGGUGUAGCGGAUUGGAGUUAUAUUCGGUAUCUUCGUGACAAUCUGCCUCCGGAGACAGUUAUUUUCGCCAAUGGAAACAUCCUGAACUAUGACGAUCUGGAGCGCUGCUUGGAAGAGACAGGUGCUGAUGGCGUGAUGAGCGCUGAAGGAAACUUGUCUGACCCAGCCAUCUUCAGCAAACCUCCCCCAGUGGGAAGCGAAGGCAGGGAAUACUGGCGCGGCCGGGAUGGAAAGGGCGGAUACCGGAUCGACGCUAUCUUCCGCCGCUAUCUCGAUAUCAUCUAUAAAUAUGUCCUUGAACAACCUGUUCCGGAGAGGAAGCCUCUCUAUCUCCCGUCAGAUCCAGAGGAGCCGGAACAACCGGUAGAACCCGCCGCCGAGGAAGCUGAGGAAGAAGGGCCACCGAAAAAGAAGCAGAAACGCGACAAGACGAAGAGACCUACUUCCCCCAGUCUUGGGGUCAUGCAGGGACACCUGUUCCAGCUUCUGCGCCCAAUGGUGGCAAAACAUACAAACGUUCGGGAUGCGCUUGCACGGUCAAGGCCAGGCGACAUGGCUGCCUUCGAGCACACUCUUGCUCUUACCGAGAGAGCAAUCAGAGAGGGCCUCAAGGAAUACGAGCAAUUCCCGGAGCGCUUUGAGCCAUCUCCGAACGAAGAGCUCACGGGCUCCAAGGCAACGAUUGCUGAAUACGGCAGACCUUGGUGGAUCUGCCAACCACACAUCCGGCCAUUGCCCGAAGAAGCUCUAGAGAACGGUGCCCUCACGGAGAAAGGGAAGAAGCCUAACACGAAGCAAGACAAGGCCAAGCCUGAGGCAUCUGCGGAGAAAGCUGACACCCCGGCUGCAGAGACCUCUGCUUCUGAAACCCCGACCAACACGGCUACAACACCGGACGCUUUGGUAAGCGGUUAAGAUACUGCGACACUUGUUAUUGAAAACCAUCUCGCCACCGUGUUCUAUUUACUCGAAGCACAUAAACUAUAGACAACCCAUCCACGUACUACCAAAAGACAUAAUACCCACGACAUUACACGGUAUAUAGAAUUAGACCUUUAUGCAUAGCACUGCGAAUCCCAAUAUCAAUUCAUAACACCAUGGUAUCUAAGAAUGAAACCCUCAACCCCCAAACUCCAAAUCAAUAGAUAGAACCAACCGUCUAAAAAUCCAAAACAAGCUGCGGCGCCAUCUUCUCCAAAUCCUCGACCUAAAGCCAACCAAGUUAGUAAAAGUCCAGUCCAAACAACCACAUCACAGAAGGAGCAGGAAAAAGAGGACGAAAAAGAAGAACAAACCUCAAGAAACCCAUCCCCAAC